AUGCCUGAACCGAAAGCCGCUCCUGCCCCUAAGGGCUCUAAGAAAGCCGUUUCUAAGAGCCAGGCGAAAAGAGGAAAAAAAAACACAAAGUCCAGGAAGGAAAGUUAUUCCAUCUAUGUGUACAAGGUACUGAAGCAAGUUCAUCCCGAUACAGGCAUUUCUUCUAAGGUGAUGGGAAUCAUGAACUCGUUUGUGAACGACAUCUUCGGUUGCAUAGCCGGCGAGGCUUCUCGCCUAGCUCACUACAACAAUCGAUCCACUAUUUCUUCUUGGCAGAUCCAGACUGCUGUGAGGCUCCUGCUACCAGGAGAGCUGGCUAAGCACGCUGUGUCUGAGGGCACCAAGGCAGUUACCAAGUACACCAGCUCCAAAUAAUUGCAGAGA